AGCUGACUCAAAUUAUCAUCCUUAUCUCUUUAAUAAAAUCCCAAGAAAAAUGUCUUCAACUUCCGAAAAAGAGAACUCAGCGACGCCAGAGUCGGACUCUAGAGUACGGCAGUUCCACACGCGCAGUCGAACAGGGUGCUCCAACUGCCGGACCCGCCGGAAACGAUGUGACGAGCAGCGACCGCAGUGGUAUGGCUGAUCCUGAAUCCUUGGCCCCCACUGUAAGCUGGGAUCCGGUUACUAAUGGGGAAAAUGUAGUCACAACUGUGUCAAGGGUCAGAGGACCUGUGUUUAUGCGCCGCCCAAGAUUCCGUUGAGGGAACGGAGGGCGCAGCAGAAGGAGGCUCGUCCUUGGGAUCAAACACCGUGGGAGAUUGAGCAGCCGGCCAAGACUAAGGAGAUGACUUGCUCGAAGAAGACCAAUGUUCCUCCUCGUUUAAGCUGUCUGAAUCAUGAUACAGGGUUUAAUAAGUUGGCUGUUGCGAUGCCACUUAGAUCUCACGAGUUGUUUCAAUACUUGUUUGAAUCGAGCCGAACACUAAAAACGACAAAAAAAGUACCGGGUACUGAAUAUCUCGCGCGUAUUACCGAUAACCCAUGCGCACUCCGAAGUGCUAUCCUCAUGGCUGGCAUGCAUUUCUCCUUUCAAUUCGGCGACCUCGCUACUUUCGAGUCCACCUUCUUAUAUCACAAAAUCGAGGUCAUGCGUGUUAUCAAUCGAUGGAUCGCAUCAGGAGACUAUAAACUUGAAGCAGCGAUUAUCAGAGAAAUGGCCACAUUGGCUUUCACAGAGGCAUGUCAUGGGGAGCUCGUUGCUGCCGAGACUCACAUCAGUGGCAUUCUGGCGCUGAUUGAGACUGCUCGACCUGAUAAAAGUGACCCGACACGAUCUGAUUGCUGUUCCACCGAUCGGGAGCUAGCUAACCGCUAUUUCGUAAUGUCGUAUGUCUACAUCACUGGCCUCAAGAGUUUACUCAGCGGCAUUUGUCGAACUGGCGGCCACGGCAACAGUCUCGAUGCUAUACCGGGUCGAAACCUACUCAAGUUAUCGCAUACAUGGCACAUGAGCGAAGCCAUGGAGAACCUCGGUCUUAAGCUUCAAGCCAUUCGCUUAUUCCCAUUCUUCUUCAGCCCACUGUCGCAGGGAGCUCGGCUUAACAACGCUGACGGACAAGUGAUCAUCAACUCUAUACGGGAUUUUACCGCUGCACAGGAUUGUAUAUUCAAAAAUACAGGUGCAGAAACAGCAGAUGGGAAGUUUGAAGGUUUUUGGCGUAAAGGCCCUGCAUCAAGGAUACUGGGAGAAUAUGUCACGGCACAUAUCGAAUCUAUCUCCGUCCCUGGAAAGAAAAAAGAGACUCUUGAUAUGACUCCAUCCUCAUUUGUAGGACCAUGGUGCGGAUUGACUAUCGCCUCUAUCUUCUACAUGCAAGACGUUCUCGGGGCGUUGGAGCACGUCGACAAACGCAUCCACAAAUAUGCCGUUACAUUACUCCAACAUGAUGUCGCCAAGGUCCUUACCUCGAAGGAAGUACAAAAGAACGAAGCGUUCCUGCUGUGGCAGACACUGGUCGGGCUCAUAGGCUCCUUGCGGGCUCUGAAAGACAACGAGCAAGAUGGAGGUAUAUUAUCAGCCAGACAGUUCUUCGCGGACGCUUUGAAGCAGCGAGCAACGACAUUAGGAAUCACAACUUGGUCACAAGCAAAGGGGACGCUACGAAGGGUGGCUUGGCCGAUGGGGACUAAUGGUCGAAAAUUUAUAGAAGAGCUUUGGGAAAAGACUAUUACUAGUAGAGGUUAAUUAUAAAGGGUUCAAUACAUAGAGUAUCUGAUAUGAUAAGUAAAGACUUGAUUCAAGCCCCCC